AUGGGUGCCAACGCGUCUAAACAAGAGGCCAACGGCCAGUAUGAAUGGAAGGCCUCAGGGCCACCCAGUGUCUCUCUCGAUGUCCUCGAUUCACUAAAAUCCAGCCCCGAGACUGAUGCCUCUCGCGCCAAAUUAAUCGAGCAGCACAUCCAGGCUCGCGUCGCUGAGGAGCUCAAGAAGCUCCAGAAGCAGGAAUCCGAAGCCCUCAACGUCGCACACGAGAAAAUUGCCUCCUCAGAACACAGCGACGACAACAAGCCCACCAGCUUCUCCCUCGGCAAGGAGGUCGACGAGCUACGACGCAAGCUCGACGAGAGAAAGAAGGUCCGCGAACUGCCGGAGAAUGUGGAGAAUGCUCGCAGCGCAGUGAUUCGAUGUCUGCGGGAGCACGACCGACGGCCGCUUGACUGCUGGCAAGAGGUGGAAGACUUUAAGGCUGAGGUGAAGAAGCUGGAGAAGACCUGGGUUGAUAAGGUCACGUCAUAA